UUUUUUCUUUUAGAGGACGGCUGCUGCUGAAGGAAAGGACGGGGAUUGGUUAGCAGCAACGCCUGUUGUGCGGCGGUUGUCGCCGAAGGUGCCCAGCGCCGGCUGGUGUCAAUUCUUACUUCAGUCUGGGUCACGCGCCCUUUGCUUUUGGUUCUUGUGUUUCUUCCCUUUUUCUCGCUCGCCUUGCUGCGGCUCCUAAUCUGGUGUGAGCAGGACCAUGGCGGAUCAGGGCAACAGAGGCCCGUUAAUAAGUGAAAUCAGACAACGUUUUGAGACAGAAUAUUUACCAGCAAAAAGAGAUAAAUAUGAUUCCAGGGAUAUAGAAAGAUUGCAUCAAGAUGAUACCUGGGUUGAUAAUUUCUUAAUAUGGAGAGACGAUAUUAUGGAUGAUACACUGAAGAUGAUUGAUGAAAGCUUUCAGUGGAGGAAAGAGUAUGCAGUUCAUGAUUUGACUGAAUCUUCUUUUCCAAAAUUGAUGCUUGAUGUUGGUGCUAUUUACCUACAUGGUUACGAUAAGGAGGGCUAUAAAAUAUUUUGGUUCCGAGUGAAAUUACAUACAAAAGAUUCUAAAACACAAUUUGAAAAAAAGAAACUAGUAGCCUUUUGGUUAGAACGCUAUGCAAAAAGAGAAAAUGGAAAACCAUUGACAGUGGUGUUCGACAUGGCUGACACUGGACUGAGUAAUAUCGACUUCGACUUUGUCCGGUAUAUCAUUAGCUGUUUUAAAGUAUAUUAUCCUAAUUUUCUCACAAAAAUUGUGAUUUUUGAAUUGCCGUGGGUAAUGAAUGCUGCUUUUAAAAUUGUAAAAAAUUGGCUGGGUCCAGAAGCAGCCACCUUGUUGAAAUUGACCAAUAAGAAUGAAAUCCAGGAGUACAUAACUGCUGAAUAUCUACCACCAUAUAUGGGUGGGACUGAUACUUUCAAAUACAGUUAUCCUCCAUUAGUUGAUGAUGAUUUCCAAACGCCAUUAUGUGAAAAUGGACCUAUUACUAGUGAAGAUGAAGCUGAAUGCAAAGAAGUAGACACCGAUAACAAAGACAACAUAGAUACUACUGAAGACCAAGCACUCAAUUCAAAAAAGGGAAAUACUUCAGAACAAACUCCAAAAUCAGAAGAGUGUGACAAAUUAGAUUCUAAAAUAAAAAAUGCCAAGAAAGCACUUACCACUUUUAAAGGAUCUUUAUUGCAUAUCAGUCCAGCAGAGGAAUUGCAUUUUGGGUCCAAAGAAACUGCGGAGAAUAAAUGUUUGAUAGUUCUGACAAAUGUUACUAAAAAUGCUGUGGCGUUUAAGGUGAGAACAACUGCUCCUGACAAGUACAGAGUAAAACCAAGUAACAGCAGUUGUGAACCUGGUACUUCAGUAGAUAUUGUUGUAUCUCUUCAUGGGGGUUGUGCAGCUUCUUUGCAAGACCGUUUUCUAAUUAUGGCAGCAGAAAUGGAACAGUGCUCUGGAAUAGGAGCACAGGAACUAUCUCAAUUUUGGAAAGAAAUUCCUAGAAACAAAGUGAUGGAGCAUAGGUUAAGAUGCCAUGUUGUAGAAAGUAAUAAGCCUUCUUCUUUAACCAUAAAUGAAAAUGCCUUUAACAAUCCUUCAAAAACCAAUGAAGAUUUACACUUUCAGUUAAGGCAACUACUACAAGCUAAUAAAAGACUUCAAGAACAGAUUGACCGUUGUGUCUGGUUCCAACAAGUUACACUUUUCCUAGUCUUUAUCCUAGUCACUAUUGUUUGCUUCUUUCUGUGGUGUGCUCCAGGAAGCUAAAUAUAAUGUCACAUCUAUGCAAUUGUGCUAUAAAAAGGCAAAGAACCAGUAUUACUCUAUGGGCCCUCCUUAUUGGCCAAAAGUGAGAUCUAUAUAGGUUUUCUUUUAAAAAAAACACAGGAAUAAUGUGAUCUUUGCCUUUAAUCAGCACAUAUGAUUUUGUUAAUUUAUUACAAUAUUAAAAAACAAGGUAAUAAGAGUCUUUCCACUGGACACCAUAGUAACUUAUUUUUCUUAUGCAGAUAAAUUGCCUAAUUUCCUUUGAAAUGUAAUUGGGGAAUAGCAGACUAGAAUUUCAUUUACAAUAAUGUCCUGGUGUCCAAGUAUCAUGACCCAUGAAUGUACAGUUUAAAACUGAAGAACUCAUUCCUAAUUCUUAUUCAUAUCUUCUAGAAAUAUUGCAAUUAUUUUAUACCCAACUAUUUGCAGUCAAUAUAGCCCUAUUACCCAGAGGUGGCUGCCAGAGUUCCAAAGAUAUCCUUAUAAGACUCUUGUAACUUGUUUCAUGCAGAAAGGUUCUGUAUACAGUGCUAUAAUUUCAGUAUCCUUUUUAAUGAAAAUGUGUAACAGUCACACUUCGAUCUCAAUUUCCUGAUGCAGUAUUACUGAAUACCUUUUGGAAUAAUCUUGGGAUAAGUGCUAGAAUAUUAUAAAUUAUGAUUCCUACAGUUUGGAAUGAAAGAUAUAUAUGAAAAUUCAUGAAAACAAGCAUAAUUCUGAAACAUUUUAAAAUAUGAAUAAAUAUCUCUCAAGUAUUACGCACUUAAUUAGCUCAAUAUUUCAUGAAAAUUAAUGGAAGCUGAUAAACCCACCCCUGCAAAACAUAAAUCUAGAGCAUAUCAUAUGUAAGAAUUUCUCAUUUGCCAUUAUGCAAAUGAAGUAAACAUUUGUGUACUGAGAUUUUUGUUAUAUUGUCAGAGUAUUCAUUAUUUUAAAAAUCUCAGAUUACCCCAAAUUCUCCAUAUGUAGGGAAAUUAUUAGAUAAUACUGGUAGCAAAAACUGGCAUUCAGGACAGAACACAUUUUUGUUAUAAAAUGCAACUGCUGUUACAAAUGUACAGUUUAAUAGUACUGCUUACACUGUUUUUUCUCAAUUAGUCAUUGCCAUUGUAAUUAGGACACUUUUAAUGCAUUCCUGUAAGCUUAUAGGGUUUCAAAAGACUUGUGCACUUAACUAUAUUGGAGGUGCACUUUAAUGGGUAUAAUUAUGAUUUGUUCAUUCUGCUGGUAACAGAAGACUAAUUUGGAAGACCCCAUUUUAAAAAAUACUGCCCUGCUGUCAUUGUGUCUAGUUCAACUUAUUUUUACUCCUAGAGACAGAGAAAUACUGAAACUCACUAAGAAUUUUAUCAAAAGGCAUAAUAAUUGGCAGGGCAAUUUCAAUCCAGAACAUUGUAUAAUAAUGAAAUAUAUUUCCAAGGUUACCUUUUGUGUUCCUGGAUCUAUUCUAUACUGAUUUGUCAUUUUAGCUGUUGAUCACAAGCUACACAAUUUUCUGGGAUUCACUCAGGUUACCUUCUCUAUUAAAAAUAUAUAUACCACUUUCAUUUCCACGAGGAAGCCAAACUGUUUGAAUCAUUUGUUUCUCAUCUGAAAUCUGAGGCAUGUGUGCUUUCAAUAAAUUUCUGCCAUAAAAGUUCUUCAGUAAGAUAGCUAAUUAUAAAAUAGAGGAUCAUUCUAGUCUUAAAUGUUAAAAAUAUUUUUAGAAAAUGCUUACCAUAAAUUGGAAUGAAAUUAAUUGCACUUUAUUGAAUAUUUUCCUGAUAUAUCCAUAAAAAUGUCAAAUAUUGAUAUUCUGGUGCUUAAAUAUUUUCAGUAUUUUAUAACUUGUAGUCAUAUUUUCUAUGUGAAAUUUAGUAGGUAUUUU